GGCCGCGGCUCCCCAGAGCGGCGGUCAUGGCGCGGCGUCUGGUGCUGUUCGACGUGGGCGGGGUGAUCUUCACCCCCAGCCCGCUGGGCGCCUUCGGCCGCUACGAGGCGUCGCUGGCCCUGCCCAGGAACUUCUUGCAAAAUGUCAUGGUUGGAGCAGGCCCUGAUGGUCCCUAUGCCAGAGCGAUGAGAGGAGAGAUCGCCUUAUCUCAGCUGGUUUCUGAGCUGGAAGAGGAUUGCAAGAAGUUUGCUGCCUCCUCGGGGGCUUCUCUACCGGAGACGUUCUCCGUAGCACAGGUCUUUGAGGAUUUUAUGACACAAGGAAAGCUCAAUACUGCUGUUCUGCAAGCUGCGGUAACUCUCAGGAACAAUGGGUUCAGGACGUGUGUGCUCACAAAUAACUGGAUAGAUGACGGUCCUCAGAGACGCAUCACGGCUCUUGUGAACUCUCUGCUGAGGAGGCAUUUUGAUCUGGUGAUUGAGUCUUGCCGCGUCGGUCUGCAGAAGCCGGACCCUCGAAUUUACGAGUAUGCGCUGGACGUGCUGAAGGCGAAACCGCAGGAGGUUAUUUUCCUGGAUGACAUGGGAGCUAACUUAAAGCCAGCCCGGGAAAUGGGAAUAGCCACCAUCCUUGUCAAGGACACCAAUGCUGCCCUGAAGGAACUGCAGGACCUGUGUGGAAUUCAGCUUCUUGGCCACGAAGAGACUCUGCCAAUUGCGUGUGACCCAGUGAACGUGACCCAUGGUUAUGUGCCAAUCAAGCCUGGAGUCCAGCUGCAUUUUGUCGAGAUGGGGAAUGGCCCAGUGGUGUGCCUCUGCCAUGGCUUCCCUGAAUCCUGGUUCUCCUGGAGGUACCAGAUCCCUGCUUUGGCUGAGGCUGGCUUCCGGGUCCUGGCUUUGGAUAUGAAAGGCUACGGAGAUUCCACUGCUCCCCCAGACAUAGAAGAAUAUUCCCAGGAAGAAAUAUGCAAGGAUCUUGCGGUUUUCCUGGACAAACUGGGCAUUUCCCAGGCCGUGUUCAUCGGCCAUGACUGGGGCGGCGCUGUGGUGUGGAACAUGUCCCUCUUUUACCCAGAGCGAGUGAGGGCAGUGGCUGGACUGAACACGCCCUUCAGACCUGCGAACCCCAAGGUGGAUGUCAUGGAGAUGAUCAAAUCCAAUCCUGUGUUUGACUAUCAGCUUUAUUUCCAGGAGCCGGGUGUUGCUGAGCUCGAACUGGAGAAGGACCUGAGCAGGGCGUUUAGGAUCAUGAUCCGCUCCAUGAGGAAGGAGGACCAGCUGCCUGUUCCACUCAAUUCCACCAACGUCCGGGAGCGAGGAGGGCUUCUGGCUGGCAUGCCGGAAGACCCACCUCCAAGCCAGAUCCUAGCGGGAGCGGAUCUCCAGUACUUCAUCCAGCAGUUUAAAAAGUCUGGCUUCAGGAGACCCUUGAACUGGUACCGGAACAUGCGAGCCAACUGGCAGUGGGGCCUCUCUGCGAAAGGCAGGAAGAUCCUGGUCCCGGCUUUGAUGGUUACUGCGGGGAAGGACUUUAUUCUCCAUCCGAAUCUGAGUAAAGGCAUGGAGGAGUGGAUUCCCCAGCUGACCCGGGGCCACAUUGAAGAGUGCGGACACUGGACUCAGAUGGAAAGCCCAGCUGCUCUGAAUAAGAUCCUCAUCCAGUGGCUGGAGGAUGUUCACGACAAUUCUUUGCUGCAGAAGAUUUCAAAACUCUGAGUUUGCCCUUGGAAGAUUUCAACCUCCAACUUCCUGCUUCAUUGGAGAAUCUUGCUGCUUGUGUGUCGGUGUGGGCCCUGCCACUAUCGCACUAGGUUUUGCCUCUGGGUUUUUGGUUUUGGUUUUCAAGCUAGCCAGUGUAAAAGGUGGGGUAGCCUGGGCUCGGCUAGCUACAUCAAGCCGGAUAACUGCCUUGCUUUGUGCUUGCGUUGGAAUGCAAGCGUCUCAGCGAGGGAUUGUAGCAUGACGCUCUGAUUUGGGGCAGUUCUCCUGCAUGUGUUAUGAUGCAAGACACCCUUUGCUAGCAAGUGAGGAGGCCAAAUCAAAGUCUCAAAGCUGCAGGGAGCAGUAAACCGAGCGUCGUCGUAUACUUAGCAAAUAAUGUAAACUGCAGAAAAAUAGAAUGGGGGGAAAUUCCCUGGCUAGGAAGCGGCUGAACAUUUCAAGCUAGGACACAGGGAUUAGAGGGGACGGGUGACUUCCCAAGUGCCUCCUGCAUCUGCAGCUAUUUCAGUUAUUAAUGAUACUGAACCACUCAUCUGAAACCCUGUAAGUAUUUUGUAGGGUUAAGCUUCCACCUCUGGCAUUCGAACUCACCGCUCGGCUCGGGCCCGCAAUCAGAAAGGCCUGUUUUCCAGUUCAGACACGGCCAAUACCUUUGCGAUAAGAGAUGAGGGGAGGAGUUUUUGUCCCAUGAAAUCUCCUGAAAGCAGCUAGCGCCCCCUGGUGUCCAUUGUUCAGACUGGAGACCUGUGAUGUCAGUUCUCGUGCCCAAACCUUGGACCCUGGCCAGCAGCUAGUCAAGCCCUAAGCGCUGCCUUGCUUGGCACCAGUGGUUGUUUGCAUUGCGAUUGGGGCUUUUGUUGUCAGUUUAAGCUGUACAUUUGCGGGUUUAAUACGGGGUUGGCAGGAUACUAAUAGCUCUUCUAUGCUGCUUUGAAAACUUGCUUCUGCUUUUGUUAUUUCAAGCAUCUUUUGUAAACCAGCAACCGAAAUAAAUCCCAGAAUUGA